AAUAAGAAACCUCCAAAAUUAAAUAUGGCUUUUAAAAAUAAUCGUCCCACUUCUCAGCAAAUUUCUUCAAAAGAUUCUUCCGGUAAAGAUUCUUCUAGUAAAGAUUCUUCCGUUAAAGAUUCUUCCGCUAAAGAUUUUUCCGUUAAAAAUUCUUCCGAUAAAGAUUCUUCCGUUAAAAAUUCUUCAACAAAAGGUUCUCCAAAUACUGUUAUUUCUCCUCCUCUCGUGUCUCCAAAAAUAAUUGAAUUAAGAAAAUCUGAAUCUUUUCAAUCAAAAUCUUCUGUCAAAGAAAAUUCUGCUGAUGAUUCUUCAAAUGUUACUUCAUCAAAGUCAUCAAAGAAACCAACUCCUUUAUUUGCUUCAAAAUCGCAUCGUGGUGUUGCAAAGAAGAAAACUUCAACAUUGUCUUCUUUACCUAAAGCUGAAUUAAAUAAGGAAUUAUUGGCUAGAUUAGAACAACAAAAUUCUCAAUUGCCACCUCAGGAUUCUACUCAAUUUUUAUUAGCCCGCCUUGAAAGACAAAAUGAUAUGUUGGACAACGAUCCAAAAUCAGUUUGCAUUGAAUCCAACGUACUUAAGGCUAACAUGGAUGUUGUACAAUCUUUAAUCAAUGAUAUUAAGACUCCGGAGGCUGAUGUUGAUACUGAUACAUCAGAUGAUGCAAAUCCUACCUCCUCCAACCCUUCCAACACUAUUACUAAAAAGAAAAAGAAACUUCGUGAUUCAAAUGAUGAAGAAACAAAGAAAAUUGAUUGGGAUUUUUGGACUGCUUUAAUUCAAGAUUAUACUGCUGUAGCGACAAAAUUACCUCAUUUAUUAGCUGCUAAAUUGCAACAAGGUUUACCUUCGAAAUUAAGAGGUUUAGUUUGGCAAUCUAUGAGUCAAGCUUCUUCAACUUAUUUGGAAACUAUGUAUAGUCAAUUAUUAUCGGAAUCUUCUCCUUACGAUAAAAUUAUUGAACGUGAUUUAGCUAGAACUUUUCCUGGUGUGGAAUUAUUUAAAGAGGAGAAUGGUCAUGGUCAAACUAUGCUUUGGAAUGUCUUGAGAGCUUAUAGUUUGUAUGAUCCUUUAGUUGGUUAUUGUCAAGGUCUUGGAUUCUUGGUCGGUCCUUUAUUGAUGAAUAAUGAAGAAAAAUUAUUGAGUUUUGGAGAAUUUGAAGAUUUGUUGGAUUUCUUGACUUCAAGAUUAUAUGAAACUUAUAAUAAUGAACCAACUGGAUUAAUUAAAGAUGCCAUGGAAUUAAGUUCUGUUAUUACUAAAGGUAAAUUGGAUGAAUUGUCAGAUUCUUACGUACAUGAUAUGGAAGAUCAAAAGAAACGUGCCGAAGAAUUGGUCGCUGUUAGAUUUAAUGGAAGAUUUGAUCGAUCAAAGAAAGAUAAAAAGAAAGAUGAUUCAAAGAAAAGAGAGAAACGUUCUGGUGAUAACCGAUGGUCACUUAAUCCAUCAUUACCAAACUCUAGACAUUCGGUUGCUACAAUGCAAAAUUUAACCAGAUCAAACUCAAGUUCCAGUACAUCAAGUGAUUUCUCCACAUCAUCCGAUAGUGAAGCUCCAACAUCAGUUACACCAGCACCAAAUUUCGUCUCAAAUGAUGCUAGUACGGGAGUGUUACAUCAACAAAUUGAAGAUUUGGUAACAGCCUAUUCACAUUUACAAAAAGAACAUGCGGAAAUAACAGAGCAAUUGGUUGGUAUUAAAAUGGAAAAGAUUGAUUUGGUGAAUGAAGUUGAUGCAUUAAAUAGUCGAUUAAGAGGAAUGGAAAAGGAAAAUAAGAGAAUGUCAAUAGAUUCUUCAAUGACAUUGAAUAAUGAUGAUGGAUUUGAAUCUGGAAGAAGUACUAGAAUCGCUUCACCGAUCACACCAAAUCCGGAUCAAAAAGAUGGUUAUGAUCAAAUGAAAAAUUUCAUGAAUUAUAUAGGAUCAAAAUUAGGUUAUGAAGAUGGAUUAGAUAAAGAAUUAUUGAAAUCAAGAAGGUUAUCAGCUCCAGCUACUUCUCUUACAGAAUAUCAAUUAUCUCUCUUAAUGAAUAGUAAUAAUAAUGCUCAUUCAGAAUCAAAAGAUGGUGCGUUUGGUUUAGUUAAAGAAUGGAAUGAAAAAAGUAAGGAACAAUAUUCUUUAGAAUUAGCACUUACCGAAGAAUUAAUUCAAGUUAAACAAGAGAAAUUUGAAUUGAUGUUGGAAAAUAAAGAAUUGGUAAAAAGAAAUUGUGAAUUAGAAAAUGCUUUGGAAAAUUCUCAUCAAAUUCAAAAAUUUAUCCAAGAUAAAAAUGCUUUCUUACGUACUGAAAUUGAGAGAUUAGAUGAAGAAUCAACCCAAGCAUUAUAUGAACAAAAUUCAUUAAAAGAAGAGAUUAAAGCUAUUAAACAUAAUCGAAUUGAACAUAUUCGUUCUAAUAGAGAAAAUGAAAAAUUGAAAAAAGAGUUGGAAAAUGUUGAAACAAGAUUAAGACAAUAUGAACCUGAUUAUAUGGGAAAUAAUGAAUGGGUCACAACAAUGGAAGAAAUAGAAGAAAUUAUCGCGGCCUCUAAUACUCCAAAAUCAAGAAGGGUAUCCUUCUUAAAUUUCUUUGUAACACCAAACGGAUCAAAAUCUAGUAGUGAUGGUGAUUUCUUCACUUCUACUUGUACAGGGGAAAAUUGUCCGACAGCAAAAAAAUGUGAUGAACUAGAAAAAAUGUUGAAACAUGUCAAAAUGUUAUUGGUUGAAAGUGAAAGAGCAAGGGAUCAAAUGAGCACUCAAUUAGAAGAAUUAAACAUUUUCUCUUGUAUUUUAUUUUUAUUUUUUAUUUUAAUUGUGAAUAAAGCAAAAAAAAAUUGUAAAUUAUAUUUUAAAAAAAAAAUGUAUUUUUCUAAUGAAUUUUUUUAA